UUACCUAAACUUGUUCUGCAGUGAGUUCGGCUUAAAAUGCAUAAUUGACCUUCACGCAGCUCCUGGUUCACAAAAUGGAAUGGAUCACAGUUCUAGCCGUGACGGCUCUAUCGACUGGCUGAUAUCAGAUAAUAUCCAGCGAAGCCUUGAAGCUAUAGAAUUCCUAGCUUCCAGGUACUGAAGAUUGAGCUUUUGAAUGAACCACAUUCUCCUGAAGUUCCUUUGGACAAGUUACUGAAGUUUUACAAUGACGGAUAUGACAUUGUGAGAAAACAUUCAUCCACAGCUUACGUAAUAAUGAGUCAGGUGAUUGGCCCUGGAGACCCAGCUGACAUUUAUAAGGCCAACACUGGUAGAUCAAAAGUAGUAUUGGACAUGCACUACUAUAAUCUCUAUGAUAAUUCCUUCGAAAAUAUGAGCACACAGGAGAAUAUCGAUUUCUUAUAUAGAAAUAGGAAGUCUCAAAUGGAUUCCCUUAAUGCUACUGAUGGACCGUUGUUGUUUAUUGGGGAGUGGGUGAACGAAUUUGGUAGAGGCGGGUCUACAGAGGAUUACCGAAACUUCGGCAGAGCACAGUUAGAUGUGUAUGGUUCAGCUUCUUUUGGAUGGGCAUAUUGGUCAUUCAAGAAUGUGAAUAAUCAUUGGUCAUUCAAGUGGAACAUCAACCAGAAUUACCUGCAGUUAUAG